AUGAUCGCUAUCUUCGUUUAUUUGAGUUCAUCCAUUGUUGUUAACGAGCCUGGUUACUAUGAACACGAAAUGGAAGAUACAUUUGCACUUGAUUUUAAUUUUUCGAAUACAGAGCAAUAUGAUUAUUUUUUUAUUCCCGAAAAUGAUAAGAUUUUGAAAAUUGAUGGGCAGCCCAUGAAACAAAUCAUUGAAGCUAAGGGAAAUCAUACAAUUAGUCUUAUUGGUUACGCACUUCUUUUCAGAUAUUCUGUCAUGCAAAUCAGUAAGCAUUGUUUCACAUUUGAUUUUAUUUACAAACCAGAUGCAGGUGAUAAAUAUAUUUACGAACUACCGGAUUUAGAAAAGAACAAAUCAUAUUGUUCAAUAUUUUACAGUAAUACUAACAUGUCUAUUGUAGCAAACAUGACAAAAGAGACUAAUACAGAUCAUCGCCUAAAUAUAUAUGAUGGAUACUCGAUGAAAUCUUUUCAUCAGGAAACUCUUACUUCAGAUACAGUUUUAAGCAAGAAUUACUAUACACCAUUUCUUAUUGUUGAAUACAUUACGUCAACAGACCCAAUAAAUCCAGGUAGUAAAGCUGGAGUUACAAUAUUAUCUCCAAAAAGCAAUACAAGAUUACUAUUUUCGCUAUCGAACACUUGUCAUUACUUCCAAAGCAUGGUAGAGCUUGAUUUUGGCGCAGGGUAUGAAGUUGUUUUUUACCAUGGAGAUAGAACUCUAAAUGUAUCACAUACAUUGAAGGUCUUUCCAGUAAUUAAGAACAGAUACAUUAUUUUCUACAACUUUACAGAAGAUGUUCAGGCCACGGCUGUUGUUGGAGACACAAAACUUAAUUUUCUCGGUGACACCGGAAUUGUCGGAGUUUCUUUCUUAGGAACAGGUUAUGUUACGAUCAUGUGUACUUCAAAUGCAUCACGAUUGGUCUAUUAUACAGUAUUCAACAACGUUUCGCUACCUAAAUGUGAUACUACUUUAACAAUCGCAGGAAAACAGAAUUACGAAACGAAAUUCAGGAAGGGCACAAAUGUUUGUGUUUAUUCAGUUGUUGGAACAACCCAAAUGAAGAAUCCUCCGAAGAAAUAUGAAUCAUUUUUGACUUCAGGAAAAGAAGUUUCGCCUAUUUCUAAGGAUAAUAUCGACAGCUUCCCAGAUCCGUGUCAAAUGAGUUUCUAUGAUUCAUUAAAUGACAUUAAUUUCCGCUUUUUGUGUUGUGCAUGA